GGCAGCCGCUGUCGGCGACGGGCUACGAGGGCUGGGGGCCGGGGCAGCCCGACAUGAGCAUCUGCGGGCGCGUGGACCAGCAGGGCUUGCUGCGCGACGGGAUGUGCGACUGGGUGGAGCCGGCCAGCUUCCUGUCGACCUCUGUCAGAAGCUCGUUACGACCUUUGGGCCACAGGUUAUCCAGCUUUCAAGAACUGUGUUGCAGUCAAUCACAAUGGCACUCUUUGGGUAACCCAAUGCUGGGCGAAAUAUCCUUUUUUGUGCGAAUAUGACUCUUCUUAAUUUUCUUAGUGUACGUAAUAGACAUUGUUCUUUGUGUUUCUUUACUACAAUUAUACAUCGUCAAUGUUUUCUAAAAGAAACUAAAACAAUAAACUACUUUUUAAGUACAAUGUAUGCUUGUCAUUUCAUAGAUAUGUGUGGCCUAGUGGACGGCAGCAAUAAAAAUUCUGUAACAAAACCUCGCAAAAUGGUUUUCCAAAAAAUAGCCCUCCCACUGCUCAAGAACAACACACAAAAUAUUCUACACUGCAAUAAGUUAAACAUUUUAACAAAAACAGUCUUCAGAAAUACUGCAAUGACGUAG